AAUCUUCAUCGUUUCGUAGUUUUAUAUGAAUUUUUUUCUAUCUAAUGUUGUCUAAGGGGUUUUACGUCAUUUGAAUUUUUUUAAGUAUUAUGUUGCUAUUGUUUUGCUUUUAUGUAAUAGUAUGUAGGGGUGUUUGCGGUCUAGAUUGGAUCAGUUUUUGGAUCAAAAUUCAUUUGAUCCAAUCUCUUUUGAUUAUGUAAUCAUCCAUUCGGUUUAGAUUUGUUUUUCAAAUCCGAUCCGAUCUAAUCCAAUAUUUUUUGGUUUGGUUUGGAUAAUUUUCGGUUUUUAGAAAAUCCUAAAAAAAUUCAUGAUUAUUGUGCAAAUAACAUCUUUGGUAUAUAUUGGCUUUGCAAUUUUAUUUUAUUUUUUUGAAAUACAAAAGCAUCGAUAGUAGAGUUUUUUUUUUUACAAUGAGAUAUGAAGCUCUACAGAUGAAAUUUUAUUGACGAAUGUGACUAGAUUUUUUCUUGGGUUUUGUUGAUGGGUUAAUGGAUCUUGAGUUUAGAAAUUUUUGGGCUAUGAUUGGGGAAAUGCCCAAGUAGGUAGAGAAAAAUUAAUAUAUUGGAUCGAUUUUCUUCAACCAAUCCAAAAACCGAUCCAAUCCAAUUAAAAUUUGCGAUAUUUUUUCGGUUUUUUAUUUUCAGUCGGUUCAGCCUCCGCGAUUUGAAUCGGUUUGGAUUGGUUGAUGAACCCCGUAUGAAUGUACAUGGUUUGCGGCUUUGUGCUGUUAUUAUUUAUAGCCUAGGCUAUUUUUGUUCUAAGGUUUGUUGUUAGAGUUGAUCAUAAAUGACGAUGAAGAAAAUUGUCAUUUUGUCUUGUUAUUUACUUUUGUAAAAAGUAUGGAAUCUAAUUUUGUAUUUAUCUCGUGCAUGCAUUUGCUUAGUUGUAUUUAUAUUUAUUUGCACUCACUUAUGCCUAACAUCGUCCUAUUUUUGGUUGAUUUUGUUGUUUCAUUUAUUGCAAUUGUCAUUGUAUUUCCUCUUAGAUAUUUUUAUGCCGAUUAUUUCUUAGGCAAAUGCGAGCCUAUGGAGAAGAGGCAACACUCCUUUUAAGAGCUUGUGCAUAUAUUAUCAUUGACCGGAAGAAUGUUCCUAUUAACUGCCAAAGUUGGGCAAACAUACUUAAAUCAUACAAGCAAGAUUGCUACAACAUUUUGAAGGCCCCAAACACAAUUGCUGUGCAUCAUUGUCUAUUUUUCAUGGGGAGAAAGUACAGGAGCAACAAAAUAAAGUUUUGGGAUUCAAAUUUUAAACCUUCUUCAUGCACCGGAGACCUAGUUAUUACUAAUAUUCCUUGUGGUUUGCUUGAAUAUCAAUGGUCGUCGUUUGUUGACUAUCAUUUGUGGUCAAAUUAUCAGGAAUUAAAUCCGGGACAUGACGAGGAUCGAAGUAAAUUAUACAUUACAACUCACAAGAAAAAAAGAUGUCUCUUAGGGAAAACAAUUCUAAAGGGGCGUUUUGAGAUGUUGUCCCUAUCAGGCUCUUUUAUGCUUUCAGAGAGUAGCGGCUCAAGCACUGAUGGUCGUGUCAUUGGGGGAGUAGUUGCUGGUGUGCUUAUUGCAGCAAGUCCUGGAGGAGCAUACACAGGACAAACUCUUACUCCACUUGGCCACUGUACUUGCCAUUGGAACCGAGUGACAUCGACAAAUGAAGCAAAUUCGGCUGACUCUGAGGCUGCAGUAAAAUUUAAAUAUAGAUCAAGAGAUGCAUCUAUCUUAUGGGAUGUCCCUUGCAAACUGUACCUAUCUUAGAGUCCAGUAGUAGAAUUCACUUCAAGACCCCUACAAUUAUUUGCAAUCCUGGGAUUCCAACAACAAAACAGAAGGAUAUGUAUAUAUGCAAAUUAACUGGGGGAGAAUAAUGAGAAAAGAGUCUUAAAUCUCAAACUUUCAAACAUGGGAUUCAAGGGUUAGUUUCCUCGCCGCAUUCAGAAUUGCUCAAGCUUAACAGCAUUAGAUCCUUCAAUUAACAGACUCUCUCAAGCCCUUCCAGAAGAUAUAUCUACCCUUCUUCAGUUUGUGACAUCCCUUGAUCUAUCUUCAAUAUAUGCAUAAUUCAAUAUUUGUUUUUCGUAUAGUAAAAAAUAAAAUUAUCUCGUACACACACAUAAAAAUGUAUUGGACCUAUAUGGGGUCAUAUGAAGAAAAUAAAAAGAGAAAAUAAAAUAGUUGUUUUACGUAUUGUAGAAAAUAAAAUUAUCUCAUAUACAUAUAUAAACAUGUAUCGGACCUAUAUGGGGCCAUAUGAAGAAAAGAGAAAGAAAAAAAAUAAAUAGAUUUCACAUAUUUUUA